AUGGAGUACAUGAGUCUUCCAAAAAUAAACAACAAUUAUAUAGCUAAAAUUGGUCAGACAGGUAUCGUAGUUAGCGGAUUUGGUUAUCUUCCAUCAAGGAACGAGUACAAAGUUGUAAGAAUCUUGCAUCCGUACAGGCUACGUAACCCAAACGAUACUACGGGUAGGGUUGAAGUAUGCACUCUUGGCAAGGGCACUAGCAGUGGGUGGAGAGACGCAGGAGUUAUCACUGAUUCAUUAUAUCUGCAUGGCACCCAUGUGAAUGGAGUGCUUUACUGGAAAGACGACAAGAACGAAAAGAUUGUCUGCUUGGAUCUGGAAGAUGAAGUGUUCAGAGUAGUCCCACCACCACCGUGUAUCCGUCCCGAGAAACAAGAUAUAGAUAUGUUGUAUAGACUCGUUAACUUUGGAGGGAAUUUGGGUUUCAUUGAUCAUGUUUGGUAUGGCCAUGUAGACGUAUGGACGUUCAAAAAGAAUAGACUAAAGGGGACGAACGACAAUUUCAACAUGAGCGGACAUGAUUACUACCAUAACUGGAGUUGGAAUAAGGAGGUCACCAUAGAGUGGGUAGAGGACACUCACGCCUGUCACUUCUAUGAACCGUUCGCUCUCACCAAAAGCAAUGAAGUGUUAGUGUGGUGCGACAAAUCAAUUCCUCGGUGUUACGACCCGAAAACUAGAAGUUUUACUCAACUCAUUGUUGAUGAUGAUCUUAAAUUUGAGACCUUUGGAGGGAUUCCACACAUAAAAAGCAAAGUUUCGAUGAAAGAUUUUGGGUUUAUAUCAAAUUAA